GGGGACGCCACAUCUCAACUUUUUUCUGUAUGCGGUGGGGGUUUCUGUACUUCGGAGGCGCCCCAGACUGAGGAGAUUUUAACAGAGAAGUCCCGCUGAAUCUUUUUCUUUCUACUUUUUUAUUUUUAUUUUUUGUCAGUAUCAUUUUUUUAAACGUGUAUAACAUCGAAGAGGAGGGGGGAAGUAGACAUGCCUCAGCUUAGCAGCGGCGGCGGGGACGACCUGGGAGCCAAUGAUGAGAUGAUAUCGUUUAAGGACGAAGGAGAGCAAGAGGAGAAAAUCCAAGAAAACGCGUUCACGGAGAGAGACCUGGCCGACCUCAAGUCCUCUCUGGUGAACGAGUCGGAAAUAAAUCAAAGUCCGAACGCAGCGGCGGUCAGACGGGGACAGCACGGCGAGCAGAGGGGCUUCCCAGACAAACACCGGGAGCAUCUCGACGUUGUGUCGAAGCAGCAAGAUGGAGGUAUGUACAAGUCGCCGGGAUAUCCAGGGUACCCGUUCCUGAUGCUGCCAGACCCCUAUCUCCCCAACAGCUCCGUUUCUCCAUCUUCUAACAAAGUCUCGGUGGUACAGCAGUCUCACGGGAUGCACCCGCUGACCUCCCUCCUGCCCUACAGCAACGAUCACUUCAGCCCGAGUUCUCCUCACCUGCCCACAGACAUGAGCCAGAAGACAGGCGUUCACAGGCAUCAGUCCCAGGACCUCUCAGGAUAUUACUCCCUCCCUCCUGGUGGCGUCAGCCAGAUCACUCCCUCGAUGAGUUGGCAGAGCCAGCCUGUCUAUCCUGCCCUGUCCCCAUGUGGAUUCAGGCAGCCCUACCCCUCCAAUCUCCCCAGCGCAUCGUCCUACUCCAGGUUUUCUCACUCGCUGAUGCUCGGCCCAUCGGGCAUGCAUCCUACAGGGAUCCCCCAUCCAGCCAUAGUGCCCCCUACAGGCAAACAGGAGCACGAGCAGUAUGACAGGAGCAUGUACGUGAAGCCACAGGUGGAGCCCAAGCGGGAGAAGGAGCCCAAGAAGCCGGUCAUCAAGAAACCUCUGAACGCCUUCAUGCUUUACAUGAAGGAGAUGAGGGCAAAGGUCAUCGCCGAGUGCACAUUAAAAGAGAGCGCAGCCAUCAAUCAGAUCCUGGGACGAAGGUGGCACGCACUGACCCGGGAGGAACAGGCCAAGUACUACGAGUUGGCCAGAAAGGAAAGACAACUGCACAUGCAGCUCUACCCAACUUGGUCUGCUAGGGACAACUACGAGGCGGGCCUUAGCGGGGUCGCAGGGGAAAAGAAUAAAGCUGAUUGGGGCAAGAAGAAGAGGAGAAAAAGGGAGAAGCAGCAGGACUCCAACACAGACCCGGGCUCUCCUAAGAAAUGCCGGGCUCGCUUCGGCCUCAACCAACAAACGGACUGGUGCGGUCCUUGCAGAUAACUCUCUCUGACUGUUCCUAGGAGGAAAAAGAAGUGCAUUCGCUACCUUCAAGGAGGAGGCUGCCCCAGCCCAACUUCUUCAGAUUUAAGUGCUAUAGACUCUCCC